AUGGCAGAAAGAACCCUCAGACUAGAAGAAAGUGUAUUGAGUCCUUAUUUUCUUCAUCCUGGAGAAAAUCCAUCACUAGUUCUUGUUUCAAGUCUUUUGACAGAAGAAAAUUAUCACCAAUGGUGCAGAGCAAUGAGAAAAGCCUUACUCUCAAAGAACAAAUUCAAAUUUGUUAAUGGAACAAUACCAGUUCCUCACAAAGAUGAUACUACCUAUGAAGCUUGGGAGAGAUGCAACAAUAUGGUAACUUCUUGGCUCUCAAGAGCUGUUUCUCCUUCAAUUUCUCAUAGUAUUUCUUGUUUAGACAAUGCUGUUGAUGUGUGGAAUGAUUUACAAGAUCGUUUUUCUCAAGGAGAUUCAGCUAGGCUAGGAGAUUUGUUAGAAGAGGCUUAUGCCUUUCAUCAGAAUAAUCUUUCGGUUACUGAUUACUAUACACACUUGAAAACCCUAUGGGAUGAGAUAUUAAGUCUAAGACCUUUACCUAGUUGCACCUGUGAGCCCAAGUGUAAUUGUGGUAUGGCUGCUGCUGUAAAACUUCAUUGGUCUAAUGAUCAGACUAUAAAGUUUCUAAAGGGAUUGAAUGAUUCCUUUGCAACUGUUAGAUCACAGAUUAUAAUGACUGAGCCUUUACCUAAGAUAAACAAAGUUUUCUCAUUAGUAAUUCAGCAUGAGAGACUGAUUACUGGAAGAAUGAGUAACACCAAUGAACCUGUAGCAUUCAUGGCAAGAGGAAAUGAUGUGCAGAAAGGCAAUCCUGCAAGUAAUUAUAAUGCAGAAGUUCAGAAUCAUGAUUCAAAUGUGUUUUAUGCUGGAAGUACUAGAGGAAGAGGUUUUAAUAACUAUAGAGGAAACAAUAGAGGCAGAGGUUUUGUUCAGAACUGGAAGCCCACAUGCUCUCACUGUGGUUAUGGUAAUCACACUGUUGACUCAUGCUAUAAGAAGCAUGGUUAUCCUCCUGGUUAUCAGCCUAGGUAUAGGCCAGAAUCAAGUCAAGCAAAUCAUGUUGAAAGUGCUGGAUACUACACAGAUGACAAUCUGUCCUAUUCUCAGGAUCACAGUAAUGGAAAGUCUCCUCAGGUUUUUAAUUCCUCUGGGAGCAACACUGGAUUCAAUAUAAGAAAAGAAAAAGAAGAAGAGAAGCGAAUGAGAAGAGACAUUCUUGAAGAACACAUGAACAAAUGCCAAAGUUACUCAGGCACAUGA